AUGGCAACGGGACCAAAAGUUCAAUGUACAAAAUGCACAAAAAAUGCUGCUAUAAUCGCAUGCGAAGGCUGCUCAGCAAAAUUCUGUAGACAAUGCUUCAAUGGUCAUCGUCAAGAUUUGUCAAAAGAGCUGGAUAACAUUACUUACGAACACGAUAUGUUCAAACAACAGCUCGAAGGGCCAAAGGCAGAUGGACCUCAUCGUUUGUUAAAACAAAUUGAUGAGUGGAAGAAAGACUCUGUCAAUAAAAUUAAUCAACUCGCUGAUCAGUGUCGGACUGAUGUUGUCAAACUACUUGAUAAGAACAAGGAACAACUUGUUCAUAGAUUUCGCAAAAUAACGAAUAGCGUUCGUAAAGGUAGAGACGAUGAAGAUUAUGAUGAAAGAGAUCUGAUAAGGUGGAUGAGUCAGUUGAAGGAACUAAAAGAUGAACUUAUCAGACCAUCGAACGUUCGUGUCGAAGAGGAUAGGCAAACAUCUCCAUGGAUUCAAAAGAUCAGGAUAAGUGAAGGUGUCCUUGAACAAGUCAAAAUUAAUGAAGGUAAAUCAUGGUUACGUCCAGCUCAACUUUGCUAA